UAAAGACGCACGGAGCAUGGCGCUGUACGCGGCGGCCGCCUCUGUGCUGGCGGGCGUGGAGGAGCGCCGGGGCUCUGUCCGGGCGCUGGUGUACUCCAGCGGCUUCCAGAAUGUGAAGCCGCUGUACGCGCUGGUGUGCGAGACGCAGCGCUUCGCUGCUGUGCUGGACGCCGUGAUCGCCCGCGCGGGCCUGCUCCGCGCCGAGAAGAAGCUGCGGCCGCACCUGGCCAAGGUGUUGGUGUACGAGUUGCUGCUGGGGAAGGGCUUCCGAGGCGGUGGGGGCCGAUGGAAGGCCCUGAUGGACCGGCACCAGGCUAGGCUCAAGGCUGAAUUAGCCCGGCUCAAGGUUCAGCGGCAUGUGAGCCGCAAUGAGGACCUUUUGGAAGCAGAGUCCAAGCCUGGCUUAGCUCCCAAGGUGCCACGGUACGUGCGGGUGAACACACUCAAGACCUGCACUGAUGAUGCAGUAGAUUAUUUCAAGAGAAAAGGUUUCUCCUACCAGGGCCGGGCUUCCAGCCUGGAGGACUUAAGGGCCCUUGAGGGAAAGCACUUUCUUCUGGAUCCUUUGUUGCCUGAGCUGCUUGUGUUUCCCGCCCAGACAGACUUACAUGAUCACCCGCUGUACCUUGCUGGACACCUCCUCCUGCAGGAUAAGGCCAGCUGCCUCCCAGCCAUGCUGCUGGCUCCACCUCCAGGCUCUCAAGUCAUGGAUGCCUGUGCUGCCCCUGGCAACAAGACAAGUCACUUAGCAGCUCUCCUGAAAAACCAGGGGAAGAUCUUCGCCUUUGAUCUGGAUGCCAAGCGCCUAGCAACCAUGGCUACGCUGCUGGCUCGGGCUGGAGUCUCCUGUUGUGAGUUAGCAGAGGGUGACUUCCUGGCGGUGUCCCCUUCUGACCCACGGUAUGCACAGGUCCAGUACAUCUUGCUGGACCCUUCCUGCAGUGGCUCAGGGAUGUUGAGCCGGCAGCUAGAGGACCCAGCGGUGGCACCCAGCGAAGAGCGCCUGCGCGCCCUAGCGGGCUUCCAGCUGCGCGCCCUGCGCCACGCACUAAAGUUCCCUGCCUUGCAGCGCCUCGUCUAUUCUACCUGCUCCCUCUGCCAAGAGGAGAAUGAAGAUGUAGUCCAAGAAGCCCUGCAGGAGAGCUCAGGGGCCUUCAGGCUGGCACCCACCCUACCCUCCUGGCCCCACCGAGGCCUCAAUACGUUUCCAGGGGCUGAGCACUGCCUCCGGGCUUCCCCAGAGACCACACUUACUGGUGGCUUCUUCGUUGCCGUCAUUGAACGGGCAGAGGUGGCAAGCUCAGCUCCACGGGAUGAAGCACUGGCACAACUCACUCCUAGCUCAGCUGCAAGAAGGAAGAAGCGGCGGAAAGCAGCCUCCGGCCCUGGCCUCAAUCUACUGCCAUGCUCAUAGAGGUGUGGGGCAAUGCCUCUCUAUGGCC